AAAUUCGCUAGCGACGGGAGGUCGCGUAAUUUCAUUUUCAGUAAAGAAAACAUGAAAAUAAAAUAAAAGUAGCUGGUGAAUGUGUGUUUCAUGCAUUUAUAAACUUUAAUUUAUAAGAGUGAAAUGGUGUGAAUUUGAGAAACUUAUCUAGGAAACACGAAAUAUAUCAAAAUGGCCAAAGAAAUGAUGAUAGUGUUUGUGUACGACACACAGUGUUGUACGGCCGAAGAGGACGAUCCUGUAGACGCAGUGCUGUAUUUCCACCCGGGAUGGGUCUCAGACACACAGAGGCAUGCUUUGGCAGGACAGGUGGUGGGCACAGCACACUGCGUCAAGUCUCUGUUCUCCCAACCUGUGGCCAUCACGCUGCAGAGCGGCAAGUUCAUCAUCAGGGAAUACGGGCGGUACAUAUUGGCCAUAGGCAGCGAUCGCAACAUACCCGACUGGGUGCUAAAGAACCGGGCGAACCUUCUCACUUCCAUGAUCAAGGUCUACCACGGAGACCUCCUAGCCCUGGCCUCCCAGAUGGAAGACCAGAAACGCCUGGCCGAGAAGCUGUAUCAGGUCUUCGAGACGUACUUGCCAGUACUGCAGUAUGGAUGUCAUAUCUUCCAGAGAGUGCCAAUGCUCAGUCUUCCUAAGAGUGCCACAUCUAUUUAUAUGGAAGCCAUGCAGAUACUGGAACACUGCCGCAAAAGUAAAGGAGUCCUUGGAGGCGUUGUAUUGUACAAUAAUAAAAUAAUCGCCACGCAACUGCCUCCAAGCCUGACUUCAUACCUCACAGUGGUGGACCCGUACCGAAUAAAGUCUCCAGCAGAGACAGUCCAAACUGAGACGCCCUUGCCUCUAGGUGCUCAGCUAUUGGUGGUCUACGUCGCGAAGAAGACGUACGAUAGCUUAAAGAAGCAGGUGGAGAAGAUACAGGAGUUCCACCACAGUGGGGAGGAGAUGAUGGCAAAGUUUAGAAAGAAUCAAGAGGCCGAACGCGAAAAAGUAAGAGAGUUCCCCCAAACAGGCAUGAAGAGAGACAAGUCUUUGCUCUUCACCGCCGUACCCGAAGAAGACCACACCAUGAUAUCCCCUCCUAACAAAGACGAGCACCCCAUGACUGACUCCGAAAGAAAACCGAGCAUGCCCGACGUUGUACCCUUCACGAAUAAACCGCGACCACGACCGACCAAGCUCUCACUAAGCUUCAAAAACCAAAAAUCACUAGACGAAGACGCAAAAGAAAACGACACCGUCUUCACAGGACAAACCAGCGUCUGCUCCACACCCAUGGUAGAAUACAAACGACUCCACGGAAACAUCCUAUCCAUCUGCCAAAACCCAGACACGCAACAAGAAAAGCCCCCAGAACCAGACGUGCUCAAAAACAUCGAAAACUGUGCCAAAAUGAUGGAAAACGAAAAGCGGGACAACCAAAUCGUUCUUGAUAUGAACUGCAUUGCCGAUCACUACAUAAAUAAACCGGACCCGAUCAGAAAACUCGCGAGUGUUACGGAUAUCCAAGAUACGUUUAAAAGAAUUUCCAACAGAGCUACAUCCAGAUUCAAAUUAAAACGAUCUAAAGUGCCUCUCAACGAUGAUAUGACGCCGUCCCCAGACGAGGAUGGAAUAAUGAAAAGCCGUCGGUCUUCGUUGACAAUCAACGAUCCCUUCUUCCCAGUAUUCAGAAAUGACGGCGUUGCUAUCUCAGAAUCUUUAUUCAACCAGUAUCUAGAACAAUACUACGCCAGAAUGAAGCAAGAAUCCAAAGAAGACAACAUGUUCACUUUCAACAUGAAAUUAUGUGAGCAGGAGAAGUUCGAAGACUUCGAUUCGGAGCUGAAUAGGUCUCCGCAAAGAACGCCAAAGAAGAUUCCCAAAGAUUCGACGAAAACGUUAUCAACAGAUCAGUCCAGGCGAAAAUCGCUUUCGCUGCCUCUGAAAUCGUUAUCGGAAAGUACAGAUUCGCAGAUUGGGUCGGAGUCUGAGGCUACUAGCUUUAAGAAGAAGUUGACAGGUGUUCAGCUGACUCCAUUGAUGGAGAAACUGAGUCACUUAGCUUUCUCAGACAAGUCGAGCGGAUACAGCAGUAGAGUGAUGACGCCGCUUGAACUGAGGGAGUUUCCGACGCCAGCCGCUGAAAGACAGGUCACAUUCUCUGACAGACCAAAAACCCAGCGGCAAGACUCAGAAUCGGACAGCGAUUCAGAGGACGACAUAGAUCAGCUCGCAUCAUACAGCCAGAAUGCCGUCAAAUGCUCGCUGUUUGUGAGCGGGCUACACAAUAUGGCGCUGCUAGCGGUGCUUGACGCGCCCGCGGCGGAUGACCCAGAGACGAUUAACACGCUGUGGGAAACUUCACUGAACGCGCUCGGGCCAAUCGAGCAGAAGUGCAUAGAGCCAUUAGGCGCGGGUCCCGAAGCGGCCGACUAUAGCUACCUGACCUUAGACCCGGAUUGGGGCACGGUCAAGAAGGGCGGGCCUUGGGCAGCGCUCGAUAUCGCUACCAUGGGACUGAUACACAACGAGUUCGCCGAAGACAGGGAACUGACGGAGUUUAUUUUGAGCUACCUGACGUUAGACCCGGAUUGGGGCACGGUCAAGAAGGGCGGGCCUUGGGCAGCGCUCGAUAUCGCUACCAUGGGACUGAUACACAACGAGUUCGCUGAAGACAGGGAACUGACGGAGUUUAUUUUGAGGAGCGACGAGAGCGUAGUAGUGGGCGUGUCCUGCGGCGGCGCACAAGUGUACUACCAGGAAGCAGGCGCGCGCGCCGCCGGGCCUCCCGCGCCGUCAGACGCGCUCGCCGCCGCUCCUUUGCGCGCGCGCCGUCGUUUGCACCGCGACCACGCGACGCUGCUGCUCUAAGUUCAGACUUGACCACUUAUUAUUAGGUCCAGUUUUCUCUGUUCCUACACAUUAAUUGACCAGAGACGACUGCAUCGUGACCACGCGACGCUGCUGCUCUAAGUUGAUACUUGACCACUUAUUAUAAGGUCCAGUUUCCUCUGUAAGAGCACGACCCUCGUAAUUUACAAAAGUUACCACGCUAUAAGAUAACAACUCAACUCUUCGUUGUUCAGAGGAGCAAGAUCCUGUUCAAUUUACCAGAGACGCCUGCAUCGUGACCACGCUACUCUGCUGCUCUAAGUUGAUACUUGACCAGUGACCACUCAUCAUAAGGUCCAGUUUCCUCUGCAGGAGUACGACCCUCGUAAUUUACAAAAGUUACCACGCUAUAAGAUAACAACUCAACUCUUCGUUGUUCAGAGGAGCAAGAUCCUGUCCAAUUUGCCAGAGACGCCUGCAUCACACCACGCUACUCUGCUGCUCUAAGUUGAUACUUAGCCGGUCAUCGUUAGGUCCAAUUUCCUCUGUAGGAGCACGUGACUAAUUUACAGACGACUGCUGCAUCGCGACCAUGCCACGCUGCUUGCUCUAACAACUCAACUUUUCGUCGUCAUAAGGUCAUUCAGAGGAGCAAGAAUCUAAAGUACCAGAGACGCUAGCGUCGUGACCACGCCACGCUGCAGCCCUAAGCUAGCUAGC